GAGAGUCAAGAGUCGCACAUGCGCCCGACUGGCACACAUUGUCAACCCAAGCACUGUCCCCAUCAGACAAUAUCUAGAGACAUCGACGGAUCUUUGUUGAUUUGCAGAAAGCUGCAUUGAGCGAUCUUCUCAUCCCACAUGUCCUUCGUCAUUUUCCAACGGGCGUGAGACGUGCAUUAACCUUGGCUGCCACAAGAGCUGUCUGGACUACGUGGACUGGGAAGCAGAUAUAUUUUUGCUUGACCUCCAGCUUCACCACCUCGAGAAACUACCUUUUUUUAUUUUAUUUUAUUAUUUUUUUAUAUCGUCUCUAUUUCCCAACUUUUACUCGGGUAACACAAGGAACCAGAGACCACCGGGCCUUUGAUCUUCAGACACCUUGAAAAACAAUGUCUCACGGUCUUAGCGCUCGUCACGGCGUUGCCGGGCACUCUCAUGGCGGUGGCCCGGACUCGUCAAUCAUGGCCAUGGUCUUCCAGAAUUUCAUUCAAACACCGCUAUACACCGAGGCGUGGACGCCAGCAACGGGCGGCACGUAUGCCGCAACUUGUAUCUUUCUGAUUGUGUUGGCAAUGCUCGGGCGCGGCCUGAUCGCUGUUAAGGCCAUGCUCGACGAGCGGUGGCUGAACCAGGCACUUGAAAGGCGAUUUGUCGUGGUCGCAGGUCAAACCCCCGAAUCCGAACGGGCGUAUAAUGACCCAGGAGCGAAAAAUGCGACUUUGUUGACUGAGAGAGGAGUGGAGGAGAAAGUGAGGGUUGUGAGACGAACGUCAGGUGCGCCGGUGAUGCCAUGGCGGUUCAGUGUGGACCUACCUCGAGCAGCUUUCGUGACGGUCAUGGUCGGUGUUGGUUACUUGCUCAUGCUGGCUGUCAUGACUAUGAAUGUGGGAUACUUCCUUUCCGUGCUUGGAGGUGUGUUCCUGGGAGAUCUUGCUGUUGGGCGGUAUGCUCAUCGGUCGGACGAGCAUUAAUUUUCUUGAAUGAUCUUAUGAUUCCAAAAGGGAUACGGGGGAUAUGCUUGGAGUUCUCUGGUUAUGUUUUUUUAAGGGUCUCUCUUUCGAAGGUCGGAUGGAUAGUUAACCCAACGCGGCGUAUUUACUACCAUUAUUUCAUCGGAUUUGUUGAUGCGCGCCUUUCUUCCUUCGCGAUGGCUGACAAUGCCCGCCUUGGAGUGUUUGAGUUGGGGAUAAUUUACAUACCGUUACCACAAUACGGUUAUCCAAUAUUAAGAUUUGACUAAAUUAAGCUUACCGGACAUAGGUAAAUUU